AAAUUGUAUUUUUCACCUACCUUUGUAAGUUUUAUUUCCAAUUCUGCGUGAGUGCACUUAAGUUAAGUGCCUUUGUGGUAUAAUUAUCGAGUUAGCAAGCUCAGUAACCGGCCAGUGUGCCAAAGUCGGCCAGUGUGCCAAGUUGACGAGUGUGUCAAAGUCGGCAAGCGUGCCAAAUGUAGACAACGCCAGCAGGCAUAGAGCAAUCAAAGAAACUGAGAAACCACCGAAUUAAACAAAACAAAGCUCAAACAAACGAUAAUCGUAGCAAACUAGCGGCCAGUAAGCCAACUUUGACACCAUUAGCGAGCAGAAAGCAAUCAAAGUUGUAGCAAACUAGCGGCGGCGAACGAGCCACACGUGAGAGUGCCAAAGUCGGCAAGGGUGCCAAAUCUAGACAACGCCAGCAGGCAUAAAGCAAUCAAAGAAACUGAGAAACCGCUUGAAACUGUAUUCAAACAAAACAAACGAUAGUUUUAGCAAACUAGUGGCCAGUGAGGCAACUUUGUCACCAUUAAUAGCGAGCAGUUAGACAACGCCAGCAGGCAUAAAGCAAUCAAAGAAACUGAGAAACCGCUUGAAACUGUAUUCAAACAAAACAAACGAUAGUUUUAGCAAACUAGUGGCCAGUGAGGCAACUUUGUCACCAUUAAUAGCGAGCAGAAAGCAAUUAAAGUUGUAGCAAACUAGCGGCGAGCUAGCCACGAAAGAGUGCACUCGUCAUUGGCCACUGAACCAACUUUGUCACCCCACAAACAAGCUGAAAACAAUCGAAGCAACUGAGAUUCAACUUAACUUAAGCUUGAGUUAAAUUCAAAGGAAACCUAACGCGGCGGAAGUGCAUUGGAGAGCGAGCAAGCUGCAAUAAUCAACUGUCAGCUCGAUCAAUUCUUUCGACUGUUAUUAAAAUCAAGCGUAUCACGAAUUUUUGAAGCACAGACUUUUUGCCCACUAAAAUACAAGGUACACCUAGAGCAAUAAACCGCACAAAAGUUUGAAAAUGAUGUGGCUAUUGUUUAUGUUGCUACUCUUUCCCAAUCGUACUGCCCACAAUAAUCUGUUAGAAUUGGGGAGUGUGUGCCCAAAAUGCAGCAUGAUCUAUUUCAGAUUUAGGGGGAGAUACUUGUCAAGGCGAAUAGCUUAUCCUUCUAAUGGUAGUUUUAAUCCCUUCGUUAUUUCAAACAAGGAGGCACACAUUGUGAAUGGGAACAUAAAUUCAGAAGUGUUGGAAGAAAAACGCAAUGCAAUAUGUAAUAGCACUGAUAGUAAUUCUACAUACAUGUGUGAAGGAUCAAAUGUAAGAGAUCACUUUCGUAAUUAUUGUUUGACCAACGUAGGGAAGUUUUCUUGUGCAGUUGAUUGCUUUCUUGAGCUAUGUUAUUUUGUUUUUCGCAAUCAUCUUCAAAACAUUACAUGCAAUGAUUUUUUUCAAGUUAUCUCUGAGGCGUGCAAUCAAAGGGCAAUUGUUGGUGCUGUUGAUGUUGUGCGAGAGCCUAUAUGGUCACUGAUCAGAGGUCGUUGCCCAUCAUUUUCUUCAAUGACUGCAAAUGCUGUUUUUAGUGACAUAUUUACCAUGCAAGCAUUUGGGGAUUUAACCAGUGAUUUGAAAUCAUUAUUUCUUAUUCAACAAUGUAAUCAGACUUGCUGCACCCUGUGUAACAAUCAAAUAUUGAAAACUACUAGCACUAUUGUCUUGUAUAUUACUUGUCCAAAUAUUCUGCCCACUGAAUUUGAAAACUGUGUUUCAGAAGCUGCUUUGCCUAAUAGCAGACCACUUUUUUGUGAUGCAUGUCAAAGGCAUUCUGGUGAUAUUUCAGACGAUGGCAAGCAAAAGGACUUAUUCAAACGACCAUGGGUUUAUUCACAACCUCAGUCCAAUUAAGAAGUCCCUUAAGUCAAAGCAUCAGUGGUAUGAAUUUCAGCUUCAAACUUCACCCACUAAAGUGAAACGUUUGGUAGGAUUUAAUCUCUAUGUCCAUGAUUCCUUAAAACAUUUUGAGGAAACCAAGAGCCCAGUACAGCUCAAGAACAUUAUUGUAAAAGACGACAAUGAAUGUAUUUUCAAUCAACAAUCUGCCGUACAUAAAGCAGGCUUGUCAGAUGUAUCAUUUUGUUACACCGAGCAGCCAAAGCUUGAAAGUGCAGGUGAAUCAAGUGCUGCAAAGUCAGUUACUGUGUGGAAUGUAAAAGGUUUGCACCCAAACCAAAAAGUCAAUGUCAGUGGUUCCCUCACUAUGGGAAAAGAAGACCUCAAGGCUGUUGUUCUCAGAUCCACUGGAGCAACAGCCCAUGUGAAGGAAGAUUGCGUGUUGGAGGACAACACUGGGUCAUCAAUGAUUCACAUUUGGGAACCCCUUGUCCAUACCUUGACAACGGGUAAAUCAUACUGCUUCACCAACCUGACAGUAAAGAAUUUCCAAGGGUCGACGUAUCUAAGUACAUCGCCAAACACAACAGCAAACCUUACAACACAAACAGUGCAAACCCUGACUGGACCAGAUAUGCUCAAAAGUCCAGAAAAGGAAGUAACUGCUUCAGAAUUCAAUUUGGUGUCAAAGCUAAACAUCUUUUGUUCCUGCAAAGUGUGCAAAAAACGCUUAAAUGAUGUUGAAUCAUUCACUUGCACCACACUGAAGUGUGAAAACUGUGGUACACGUCAAAGAUCAAGAGAUAUCAAACUGCAGGCUUCAGCAAAAAUUUCUAUCACUGAAUCAGAAGGUGACAACAGCAAAGAGAUGUGGAUCCAGGCUUUCACUGAGCAACUAGAAACCCUGCUGGCAGGAUCAACCUUAUCGCUAAAGGAUAAAAUCCAUGACAUUGAAGUUUAUCUUAUGUCUCUGGAAGACAUUUGUUUGGUAUACAAUGUCCAAACAACAAACAUUACAAAGAUUCUCUCCUUUAAACGUCCAGAAGUACACUCUGAUUAGCACAUUGUCUGUGAACAGUCCAAUACCCUUGUGUGAUUGUCUCGGAGGACGUUGGAAAGUUAAAAUUGUUGUUUAAUACUGAUGUAACAUGUGUAGUCUCGGACUGGCCCAUGCAUCCCAAAGCUAAAAGAUGUGCAUCUGCUUUCCCAGGUGUUUGACUUUGAAGAACGUUAUAGCAGUGAAUGAAAAAUAUUUUGUUACAGUUUAGAUUCAUGUGUUAGAGAUUUCGCUCUUUACAUCCCUUAAUUAAGGAUAAAAUUAAUGACGUUGAAGUUUAUCUUAUAUUGUCUCGAAGAAAAUAUUUGUUUGGUCAACAAUGUCCAAACAAUGAACAAUACAAAGUUCUUUCCUUUAAACGUCCAGAAGUAAACUCUGAUUAGUUCAUUCUGUCUGAACAGUCCAAUAUCAUUGUGUGACUGUCUCGAACGAUGUUGGAAAAUUAAAAUUAUUGUUUAAUACUGAUGUAGCAUGUGUUAUCUCAGACUGGCCCAUGCAUCCCAAACUUAAUAGUUGUGCUAUCCCAGUUGAAUGACUGUGAAGAAAAAAUUUAUUUAGUGAUUCAGAAAUAUUUUGUUACAGUUCAUAUACAAUUAAGAGUUGUUAUUGUGGGUUCAUUUUUGUUCUGUAUUACCUUAUAUUAUUCAGUUUUACACAUAAUUUUUAGAAAGGGAAGAAAACACACUUGGCUAUCAUUGCAGCACAAACUUUUGUAUUGCAAUAAUGUAAAAUCAAGAAACUUAUUUUCGUUUUCACCAUAUUCACCUCAAAAUUUAAAACAUUUCACGUUGGUUGGAAUACUUCACUACUAAAAUUUACACCCACAAAACAUGACUCCAUUUUUUAACAUUACCAAUGAGUAUUUCUUUUCAUUGGUUGCUCGUUGGCACUUAGCGAUAGCUAUAUCUAGU